CUACGUCACUCUGCCUCCCUUCUCACUGUUCACUCCUCGUCCAACCCCCUCAACCCCCAAGUACAACUGUCCAGAAUAAGAUAAAACCAGCAAUCACAGAUCCAAACCCAUCCAAACACCCAAGAAUGCACAGACAGCCACACAUCCCCCUCUUCUCUCCACCUAUCCGUCCAUCCGCCCAUCCGCCCGUCCAUCCGUCUAUCCAUCCAACCACCACCCCACACCAUGCACACAUCGUCAUCUACCACGCAUCCACCCCGGAAAUCCUUAUCCGGAUCCGCCACCCACCCUCUAUCUCGCCAUGCUUUACCCUACCAUAUCAUCCCAUCCCAUUCCAUACCAUACAUCCCACAUCAUACAUACAUGGCACCCCUGUCCGCCUGCCUGUCUUUGUGAUACCCCUUGCGCUCGCGUUAACUUUUCCCCGGGAACGGACUAGGCGUUACGGUAUAUACGGUAGAUCCGAAUGUGCGUGUUUAACCUCCGGGCCGAGAUCGGCGGGAGAGAGGUUGGGGGUGGGUUGGGGGAGUGUUAUGUGCGGCUUCUUCGUUCUGCUUUUGCGUUGUAUUGGAUUGGAUUGGAUUGCUUGGUUUGUGUGCCUGUGCGUGUGAGAAGGAGGGAAGAAAGGAAGGAAGGGCAGUGUGCUGUGGAAUGUAUCUUGCUUGUGUGUUUGAUAUGCUGUUUACUACACGUUUAUGUA